CGAAUCCUAUUACCAUUGGGUCGGUACUCUUAAACAUAUUCAUAUGCGCCAACUCCCCAUGCAUGGAUAUAUAGAUUGAAAGUGAGGAAAAUUAGAAAAGAAGGGAAACCCAUUUGGAUACCAUCGUUCACUUUCAUGAUUAUGAUGAUUGUUUAGGAAGUUUUGUAUUCGUUUAUCACUCUGAUAUGUUAACGGAUCAUAGUACUCUAAAUCUUUUCUUUAAAUUUCUUUUCUCAAAAUUGUUUUUGUUUCUGCAGGAAGGGUAUCCAAUAAUUGGCUUGACUUUGAGAAUAUCUGAGUCUCUAAUCAAGAAAAUAGAAUUGAAUUUGGCGCAGGAAAAUCAACAUAAUAAUCAUCAACACGUCUUAUCACAACCACAACCUCUACAGAAGCUGAAGGCUUCUAAUAUUCCGGCCUUGUUAUUGAGAAUUGGCUCUUGGAAGUGGAAAUCAAAAAACCCAGGAGAUUUGGUAGUCAAAUUCUACUACAGAAAGAAGAAAAUCGUGUGGGAAUUUCUUUUUGGAUCAAUGAAGAAGAAGAUCGAGAUACGAUGGACCCAAGUAUCUGCCAUCAACGCGUACCUAGAUGAAGACAAAAACGAAUGUCUAGAAAUCGAGUUAAGGGAUCGACCAGAAUACUAUCAAGAAUGUAAGUUCCAGCGACUAACGCAUACCCAAUGGGAGAAAACCGAUGAUUUUACCUUUGGUGAAGCUCAAAAGUGCAAGAUCACUCCUCGACCACGAGCCUUUCAAGAUGCUUUUACAACAUGACAACAGCCUAUUUAACUUAAGCGAAUCACAACCUUUCCUAACUCACAACUCUCAGUUCUUCAACCCAAACAUGGAGUUUCCAUAUAACGGAAUGGUCUAUGGAUGUCCUGAUACUGUUCCUCUCUCAAGUUACGAUCAUCAGGGAAUCGUCGUACCUUUUGUCCAGAGUCUUGUGCUACCAAUCAGUUCUUUUGUUGGACAUUCUGGCUCCAACUUAACAGUGUCAACAGAUGCGACGUUUCCAAAUACAAGGGAUGUUUCUUACGUGAAUGAAGGAGGUAAUGGUGUCUGGGAACAAACUGGAAACAAUCAAAUUCAAGAUAUACCCAUUUGGGAGCAAGAUGAUUAUGAUCCAUACAAAGAGUUGCAAUCAAUAAUAUCCGAUGAACAAUUGGAAUUGCACAAUGUGAACAACCACAACCUUGCUGAAGUUACCACCGAACUUAACUGCUUAAACGUUGAUUCAGUGUCCAAACCCUUCGAACAAAAUCAACAGAAUCAUUUCAAUCCUUUUGAAGCUAGAAUGGAUGGCGCAAGUACUAGCGGUGGUGUGAUGAAUGAGCGCAUGGCAUGUAUAGAUGAUGAUGAGGACGUUUGGGAUUUCACCUUGCCAGAGUUCAAUGAUGACUUCGCGAUCCAGGAAUCAUGUAAUGGGUCAUCUUUUCCAUAUAAUAUGCAUGGUUACAACAAUGAUGGUAAUGAUGAUCCAUCAAUAUUCUAGGAGAUAUGGUCAAGAGCAAGAUAUCUGUGCUUCCAACGAUGGAAGACUAUAA